CAAGGAAACCCAGUUCAAGCCAGUGAAGCAUACGUGAAUAUCUCCGGAAACGAGGAAACGUUAGUUAUUCAAUCGUCGCCAUCAAGAAACGCAGUACCAAGCAGAAGACAUCAAAUGAACUCUGAGUAUAUGUCCAUUAAGAGAAUAACAACAAAGUUCAAGAAAUGGGAAGUAAAACGGGAAAAUGUUCAAAUCUCGAGAGUUAUUGGAAAAGGUGCUUUCUGUCAGGUUGCUAAGGCAACCGUAUCAGAUAUUAAUGGAAUAAAGGGAGCAACAACUGUGGCAGUUAAGAUGCUGAAAGGUAUGUUGCGGAGACAAGUAGUCAGUACCUAUUUUUUAAAUCGUGAUUACUGGACAGAUUAUCAAUAAAUCAAUAAUUUUACUAGGAAAAAAGCGAACUUGGCCAAACAUACAAGGCAAAGUGGCUCUUUCUUAUAUUGGAAUAGUUUGUUGAGUACUUCAAGAGUGGUAUUCCCCGUUCGUAUGAGAACAUUUUGUUUGAGCACAUAGUAUUCUAUGCAACUACAGCAAGUCUCAAACGUGAAAAUGAAUCAGUAGAAGAGACGUCAUCUGGCUUAACUUUUAUACACCAUCUCACAUGCUUAUGUGUGAUGGCAAUGUUUUUAAUUUUCUAUAUUUUUGGUAGAAAAUGCCCCGGAUAAUGACAGGAAAGAUCUGCUGUCAGAGCUGGAUUUGAUGAAGAAACUAAGGCCUCAUCCUCAUGUCAUUAAACUGAUGGGAUGCGUCACUAAAACUGGUAAAAUAGGAAGGAUAUUGGUAAUACUUCAUCGUUUGUUCAGUCAAAUCUGAAUUUUAAUUAAGUUUCAUGUUAAAACAAAGGGUUGUUUUGCAGAUCCUUUGCUUGUUCUCAUUGAAUACAUACCUUACGGUGAUCUGUUGGGUUACCUAAGAAAGAGUCGCGGCCUAAAUGACACAUACUUUAAAGAUCCGGAUGUUAAACCUGAGACCAACCUGACUUCAGAACAACUGAUGCAAUUUUCCCUGCAGAUUGCUGAUGGAAUGAACUUCCUUUCUGCUAACAAGGUAUUCACGAAACGUGUGUCAGUGUAGCACCUUGUUUUCCAUUCUGAUAAAGUGUUAGGUCACAGCAAAAAGUUGCUCGGAAAGGUGGUUGGAAAGGUAGAGAGUGACCUCUCCGAUGCUAAUGAAUCACAAUCUCUCGGAUUAUGGCGAAAUUACCUGGUUUAUCACGUUUUAGAGCUGAUUUAUUGUGCACAAUAAUAACCCAGACGGGCAUGUACAUAUUUCACUCCCCACUCCCCCCUCCCCCAGUCCAAAAAAAGGGAAAAACAACUUUUAAAGAAAAUGUUAUUCCUUUCGUCGUAAGAGUGAGACUGAGAAUGAAAUCCAAUUCCUCUACACCAUUGCAUCUAAUGUAUGGAGUUAGAUCGGAGCUGUAUAGUUCGGAUAUCCUUUCCUCUGAACCCCUUCGUCAUUUCGUCCGAAGUUUCUGUUUCACGUGCUAUCUUCGUGGCGUGUUUAACGUCGCUUCUUGAGUCGCUCUACAUUUCGUGGCGUCGAAAAGUAAUUCGUAUCGUAGCAGUCCCUGCUUGUAACCAGUGGUAAGCACGUUUUAAUCGUCAUGUUGUGUAUCGUCUCUUUCUGUGAAAAUGUCCUUCAGCACGCUGAGUUCUUCAACUAACUUCGAUUCUUUUUUUAAGAAUGCCAUUUCUAAUGAUACUCGAACGCUGGAAAGUGUGCUGUCUCGGUAACGACAGCCAUGAAAUUGAUUAUGCUUUGUACCAGGUGGAUCAUUUUCUAACGUUGUGCAUUCAAUGUUAAAUCGUUUGGAAAGGUACUUACGUUGCUUGCAUGAUGUAUUUUUGCCUUGAAUAUACUUGCAACUAUCCUUGUUUCAAGAUGGCUUUGACAACCUUCCUCUCAGAUUUGAAUCAAAACUUGACACCUGUUGAGAGGGGACAAUGAAGUUCCAGAAAUCCCAUGCCCCUUGUUUAGAGAGUCGUUCAAUCUUUUUUUAAUCUCUAGUUAGCCCACUUGAUCAAUCUGAUUUUCAUGGAACAGACCUUUAUAUCAAAGUUGUAGAGAUUAUCCAUGGCUUGGUUUUACAAGAUCGAGUAAAAUAACAGAAUUUCUGCUCGCUGACAAGAGUUCGAACUGUAAGAGUUAUUAAGCAAGAAAACAGAAAACAUUUUGGAGAUAAAAUAAUGCAAGCAACUAAUUAAGCUAUGUGUAUUCACUAGUGAGGAUAAAAGGUGGAAUGAAUAUGUGAAAUUGUAAAAUUUAUAACUAGUAUAGUAUCACAACCUUGCUGAACAGAACGAAAUAAAAGUAACAAUGUAACUAGUUUCAUUGAUAGUUAAUUGUUCUAGAAUUCUCCACAAUGCAUGCUUGGUGGGGUCCAAAAUCUACAUGGCCUCUGAAACUGGUUUAAUUUCAACAAUCAGGCCGAUGAAUAUAUAUAUAUUUUUUCAUCGUAUGUGAGGAGAGAUCGUUGUGGUGGUCUCUAAAUAUUAAUUUCAUUACUUGAAAAAUACAGCAGUGAUGUGUACCUCCUAUUCACAGGUCAAGAACACGCAAAAUUUGAACAACAAACAAGGCAGUUUUAAAGCCUUCUGUAACAUUAAUAUGUUGUUUUGAAUACCUCCAUCUGUUGUAUCCAAUGAAACAAAGCCUAGGCAUUACCAAACCAAAACACUCCUUUACCAUUAAGAUACGAGCCUCGGUCAUUGAUGCAAGGGAGUUGAUAUGAUGAGGUAAACCCAAAUGCAAGUCACAAGUUAAAGUGCUUGGCCGACAUCUGCAGUUUUUUGGAUAUCCAAAAACAAAGUGGAAGCCAAGGGCUGGCUUUUGCUGACAACCGGUGAUGAAUUUCAAGAUAUCCUUAAUGGAAAGUUAGAAGUUGACAUAAAGGAAUUUCUGAAUAUACAGUAUGAACUGUACAUUAAGAUUUUCUUAAGUCGAGUUGCGUUACACUGCAAUUGAAAAAAAGCCUUAUGCUCAAGCCAGAAGUUGUUUUUAGAAUCAUUUAGUUGAUUCACACAAAUACUCAAAAGAGGAAAGCAAAAAGGCAUUCUUCAAUUAACGUUAGCUGAAUGAGAACUCAGAGUGCUGAAUGAAAUUUUCCCAGAAAGAGACGAUAUAUAACGCACGAUUAAAAACGUGCUUACCGUUGACUGUUACGGCACGCAUUACGUUUGACGACACGAAAUGUGGAGUGACUUAAGGAGUGACGAUAGCACGUGAAACAGAAAAUUCUUCCGACGAUAUGACGAGGGGUUUGAAGGACAGGAAAUGAGAAAUAUGUAGCUCCACGUAGUAUGACUCGACGAUACGAACAAAGGAUACCAAAUUAUGACCUCGAUCUGACUCCACGCUGGCAAACUACCGAGAGAGCUCUUUGGUGAACAAGUUAAGUUCAUUUAUGACAGCGUUCCGCAUACUAUUAGGAUCAGUCAUGUUAAAAGUGUCGUGUGAAAGUAAAUUUAAUGGGAAAGAUGGUAAAUUUCCAGCUCUACCGUCGACUAGAGAAAGUCUUUUGUUUUUGACCAUUGGAUGACCGAACUCAGAACUUACCGAUUUUCCUGUUCUGAAUGGCUCCAUUUUUUAAAUUACAUUACAUCCAUGUGUCAGAUCAUCCACCGUGACUUAGCGGCCAGAAAUGUUCUUGUUGGUGAAGGAGAGAAGUGUAAGGUGACAGACUUUGGAAUGGCGAGGAAUGUUAACCAGGAUGAUAUCUACAACAAAACAAGUCGGGUAGGAAACUGAGUUAUUCCCUUUUCUCUUUUAACUCGCCUCCAUUUUGAAGAGUGUUUUUCGCUCUUACAUUAAUCUGUACUUAGGAUGUCGUACUUUGCAAAGUUCACCAAUUCUUGUCUGAAUGAAGGAAGAAAUCGAUGUGAAUUUAAUAUUUCCGUUGCGUAAUUUGAACAGGGCCGUCUGCCAGUAAAAUGGACCGCUUAUGAGGGUUUAGUAUAUGGAAAAUACACAACACAAAGUGAUGUGUAAGUAUUCCCCCCUUUAAGAUACUCUAAACAUAGCCAUCUGGGUAUGACUCAACUCCAGGUCCGGAUUUUGGUCAUUCUUAUUUCUAAGAAGUCCUACAAUGCACACAGAUUCAAAUAUCUUUUUAUUUUCACUUCCACUUUCAUUUUGUCACAAAGAUUUCGCUAAGGUGAAGUUAAGAUUAGCAGUUAGGUUUGACUCGAGCAAACGUCCACCACAAACGGGAUCACAAAGAUUUUAUGCUGUAUUCCGAAAGGAAAUGAGCUCAAAGUUACCGGUAUCCCUUUAACCAUCGCAAGCAUACUUCUUACUAGCUUAGUUCUUCUUCCUGUUUAGCUUCCCAGAUAAUGCGUUUUUUGGUCGUCAUUUGAAUCUCCUGCUUUUUAAGAAAUGAUUAUGGAGACUAUCUAGCGGCCUUAAAGGAUGCUGGCAAAUAAGAUUGACGAAAAUCAGUUGAUGUUGAAACUCGUGUCGUUUGAGAACUUAUCUCAGCAGGGAGCUUGAAUUUUCUGCGUAGUAACAAAAAGCUAUACUUUGCUGGAACUCAAGUUGAUAGCCAAGCUGGUUGCUCAUUCUUGAACCAUGUUUAAACAAUAAUGUAUAAAGACUUAACCUCUUUCUUAUAUUGAUUUAUUCAUAUUUAUUUUUAAAGACUUCAGGCUACGUGCAUAAUCCCAUCAUAGAUCUUGGCCGAUGAUGUCGGGGCCACUGUUUAAAAUAAAUCUAUUUUCCAAGCAGCGAGAAAGUUAAAAUCGCGAAUUAUCAUGUUUUACUUGACUCAGAUCGCUUCGCUGCCUCAUGCACUUCAUUGGUUUUUCCUUUUCUGUCAUUUGCAGGUGGAGUUUCGGUGUUGUUCUGUACGAAAUAUUUACUGUAGGUAAGUCUGAACAGUUUUAAUAGUUAAAACAAAGCACUAUUUUGUAUGGACUGGGGAAGAAGGGACAGAAUUGCCGCAGUUUUUAAGUAAGUUUUGACGAGGAUGAUAUAGUGAGGUUUGUGCUAAGACAAUGAGUCCUGGAAUAUCAAGAAAGUUACGUGUGUGAAUAUUAUUCUUGCCUCAUUACUUCAGUUUAAGCGUUCAUUUUAUGUCCAUAGGUGGAUCUCCUUACCCCGCGAUUAACGCUCGCGAAAUUGCAGAGAAACUUCAGCAAGGAUACAGAAUGCCAAAACCUAAACAUGUUGAUGAACAGCUGUAA